AUGGUCCGCGACCCCCAAUUCUGGAAACGCUUCAGCGUAGCCGUCCACCAAGACGACCUAGAAAAAACCACGCAAACCCAGGGCCUCAAGCAAUCGUACGUCAGCAGUUCCCUAUCCCCUCCCCUCGGAUCCCCCACUUCCCAAACACACCUACCCAUCACAUCCCCGCCCAUGGUCCAACUGCAAUCCACACGGUCGUCCUACGCCGGUUCGAGUCCAUUAUCGCCGUUGUCAGCGGAGAUCUUCUCGAGCGGAAUACACACGCAGACGGCGGAGAAGGAGAAGGAGACGGACAAAGACAAAAAGAAAGAGAGACCCCGCUCCAAACUACAAAAGACGCCGUCCACGAAACCCCUACUCCGCCCCUCCAUCUCCAUCCAAGAGUUCCCCUCCACCACCACGCAAAACGCCUACCAGCCGCCCUUCUCCCCCCUCCCCUCAUCCCCAACGCACCCACACCCAUCUUCAUCCUCGCGUCCCCACUCCUUCUUCCGCACCCCCAACCUCUCCACUCUCUCCCUGAGCCAUCUCUCCGGACGCCCUUCCUCGCGCUUCCACUUCACCACGACCAUCACGGCUGACGCGUCACAUAGAGAUAGUUGGUUGGCCGGUCAGCAGAGAAAGGCCAAGCAAAGGACGUGGAUUUGCUGGUGCUUUUGGAUAUGUUUCCUGCUCCUUGUGGCGGGUGUGGUUGUUACGAUUAUUAUUUUGAAGCAGCAUAAGAUUAUUUAA